CGAGUUGAGGCCCGGCGAGUUGUAUCACGCGUCUGAUUGGACCACUUAAAUUUCAUUUAGGAUUGAGAAGGACAGGACUUGGCAACUUGCCAGUAGCCCACUAACAUGUCGUAUAUUAAAACAAUGAAGAUUCACAAUGCCAUACUGGUGCUAGUGCUUCUCGGGUAUCACACGGAGUCAUCACCUCAAAACCUGAAAACGUUCACUCUCGAAGAGCUGAUUCCGUUGAAGCCAGACUUUUACCCUGAAAGAAUCUCUGUAGACUGGACAUCAGAUACUGAGUAUAUUACAUUCGAUCCUGCCGGAGGAAUAAAAAAGUUUGAUGCCAGCAUCAACAAAUUUAUCACUUUGUUAGAUACUGAUGAGUUGAUAGGAAAUAACUCUAUUACGUUCAACUUAAGCGGCCAUGCUUUCGUUUCAUUUUCUAAGGAUUCAAAAUACUUGUUAAUGUCAUCACAGAGCAAAAAAGUAUACCGGCACUCAAGUCUCGCGAAAUAUUCAUUGUACAACCUUGAAAAAAAAAUACUGACGGAGUUAGGCAAAGGAUAUCUUCAAACAGCCAUUUGGGGCGGAGAUCACUCUAUAGCAUACGUACAAGAUAACAAUGUGUACUAUGUCGCGGACUCGGCUCGUCCUGAUGACGUCACCAUUUUGACAAACGAGGGAGUAGUUGGACAAGUUUACUUCGGUGUCACGGACUGGAUUUAUGAAGAGGAGAUAUUCAAUGCAGCAGAAGCAGUUUGGUUUUCACCUAACGGCACUUACUUGGCUGUGGCAUCUUUCAACGACACUUUGGUGGAGUCAGUGGUCUAUCCAAUUUAUGGGAACCCAGCUGAUGUUAACUUUCAAUAUUCACAGGAAGUCCGGUUUAAGUACCCCAAGGCAGGUCGCGUAAAUCCAGUAGUAGGACUCCGUGUGUUCAAAGUGAACAAUCCCGAAACGGAUGCUUGGAACAUUCCAGCUCCAGUGGACGUAGUCGGCUUGGAUCACAUCCUUGGUAGAGUCAACUGGGCCUCAGAUCAUAAUCUCCUCGUUCUAUGGUUAAAUAGAAGACAGAACCUAAGCGUUUUAGUGAAUUGUGAACUACAAAUUGACAAAUGCAAUAUUGUCAGACAGCGCGUGGAACCAAACGGCUGGAUCGACUUAAACACGCCAUACUUCGACAGUACUGGUACCAAAAUGAUAGAGAUUGAACCUCAAGAGUUAGAAGAGCGGAAGUUUUUACAUGCGACGCGCUUUGAUUUAGCCUCGUAUACUUUAGAAAAUUUAACCCCUACUAACGCGACUGUCACAGAUAUUCUGGGUUGGAAUGAUGCAACCAAAACUCUCUAUUAUAUUGUUUCACCUUCGGGAACACCGUGGCAAAGGCAGCUAUGGUCGACUUCAGGAAGCGUUGUUCGUUGUAUAUCGUGCCGGGAGUCUUCCUGUCAUCAUACUUCUGGCAUGUUUUCAACAGGCUCCUCAUAUGGUGUCCUUUCUUGCUCGUCUACUAAUACCGCUCCUAAAACAUUUUUGUAUAAUUCACAGGUUGAUACAUUGACAUUGAUCAAAGACAGUACGAAAUUGUCAGAGAAAUUAAGUCAAUACAAAAUGCCGAUGACUUUGUUCAACAUAAUACCUUUAGGAGAUAAUGUUUACGCCCACGUCAAAUUAUUGUUACCACCUGAGAUGGUUCAAGGACAGAAAUAUCCAUUGGUCGUGAGGGUGUAUGCUGGGCCGGGCACGGUUAGGGUUAAAGACAAUUUUGAUUUAGAAUAUUACAACUUAUACUUGGCCGGCAAUCGUAGUUUCAUAGUCGGGUCCGUCGACGUGCGAGGGUCAGGCGCGAUGGGCGUAGAGGCCAUGUUUGCUGUCAAGGACGCCCUUGGCACUGUUGAGGUUACGGACUCAAUUGCUGCUAUCAGGCGUUUAUUGGAGACGUACCCAUUUAUCGACCCUUCAAAAGUCGGAGUUUGGGGGUGGAGUUAUGGAGGGUAUGCUACCACCAUGAUGUUGAUCCAGGAUGACCUGAAGACCAUCACUUGUGGCGCUGCUGUAGCUCCAGUCACUUCCUGGCUUUAUUAUGAUACAAUCUACACUGAGCGCUACAUGGAUCUUCCGCAAGCUAAUCCUGUUGGCUACCAGCGUUCGGAUUUAUUGGCAUUGGCGCCGAAGCUGCGUGGUCGCAAGUACCUGCUGGUGCACGGGACGGGAGACGACAACGUACAUUAUCAACACAGUCUGCAGCUCGCAAAAGUGCUGCAGCAUGCUGACAUUCCUUUUGAACAAAUGAGCUACACUGAUGAGACUCAUUCACUACUCGGUGUCAGUCGACAUUUUUACCAUACACUGGAUCACUUCUGGACUGAGUGCUUCAGCUCGUAGCGAAAUUCAGAGAAAGACUUAAACUCCUGUUUCCUGCCGAAGAAGUCCUUAGAUAAAAUAAGAAUAAAAUCGACGAUCGACUUCUGAUCUCUUAAGACGCCUCAUUGCGCAACAUAAGCAUAAUAAGUAAAGUUAUAUCUAUAGUAAAAUUAUAACCAUAUUUGAACUAUUUCUUUCAAGUGAUAACUUUUCGAAGAAACACUAACCCUGUUGAAUGUUAUCUGAAAACUACUCAAUUUUUUAUCGUUAUAGUUCAAUAACAUAAAUUGACCUCCGAGAUUUCGAUUUUAUUGAAGACAAAGUCUUCAAUAAAAUCGAAAAGUCGUAAGUUCUUUGUACUUGGACCUAUAUUACAUUACUUAGGCACCUGAUUGAAGAUCUUUAGAAGCUUUCCUUUCUAGUGCUACUUAACUAAUUACUUACUUAACUAAACAGUCAACCGUGACCAUGGGACCUGUAAAGGACCCGAAACGUCGGUUUGUUUGAAAAAAACAAAUAUACGCGAUUUAAAU